AGUGUUGAACAAAAAGAAGUUAGCAGCGGCUGCAGUUGUUGGUGUCCCUGGUGACAAUUUACACAAACUACAAAUCCGUCUCUGGUUUAUUCCUCAGAAUAUUCUGAAGAAUCCCAGGAUUGUUGGCCUGAGGAAGGGAUAAAGCACCAACCAUGAUCACAUCUGCCGCUGGAAUAAUUUCCCUCCUUGAUGAGGAGGACGCCCAGCUCAAGGAGUUUGCUCUGCAUAAGCUAGACACCAUUGUUAAUGACUUCUGGGCUGAGAUUUCGGGAUCUGUAGAUAAAAUCGAGGUCCUGUAUGAGGAUGAGACUUUUCGGAGCAGAGAAUUUGCUGCCCUGGUGGCAUCUAAGGUUUUCUACCACCUUGGAGCUUUUGAAGAAUCCCUGAACUAUGCUCUUGGUGCUGGGGAUCUAUUCAGUGUCACAGAUGACUCAGAAUAUGUGGAGACCAUCAUUGCCAAAUGCAUUGAUCACUACACCAAGCUGCGGGUGGAGAAUGCUGAGCUGCCAGAAGAUGAGGAGAAGAAGAGCAUCGACCCCCGUCUGGAGGGCAUCGUCAACAAGAUGUUCCUGCGUUGCCUGGAUGAUCACAAGUACAAGCAGGCCAUUGGCAUCGCCCUGGAGACAAGGCGUCUUGACAUCUUUGAGAAGACCAUCUUAGAAUCGAAUGACGUGAACGGCCUCCUAGCUUACAGCCUGAAGGUGUGCAUGUCCCUGAUGCAAAACAAGAAGUUUCGCAAUGAGGUGUUGCGGGUGCUCGUCAAACUCUACAUGAACCGAGAGAAGCCGGAUUUCAUCAAUGUCUGUCAGUGCCUCAUAUUCCUAGAUGACCCACAGGCUGUGAGUGACAUCCUGGAGAAGUUGGUAAAGGAGGACAACCUGCUAAUGGCCUACCAGAUCUGCUUUGACCUCUAUGAGAGCGCCAGCCAGCAGUUCCUCUCAUCUGUCAUUCAGAACCUGCGUACUGUAGGAACACCUAUCCCUGCAGUGCCCGGCUCUACAAAUACUGGCACUAUUCCCACGUCUGACAAAGAUGGUGAUGCAAUGGAGACGGAUGACAAAGCUGGCAGUUCUCCUGCAGGAAAGCCCACAGAAACGAAAGAUGAGCCAAAAGACCAGAAUGCCAAGAUGAUUAAAAUCCUUAGUGGGGAGAUGGCGAUUGAACUGCACCUGCAGUUCUUAAUCCGAAAUAACAACACAGAUCUAAUGAUUCUCAAAAACACAAAGGACGCAGUCCGUAACUCAGUGUGUCACACGGCCACAGUUAUAGCCAACUCUUUUAUGCACACAGGAACAACUAGUGAUCAGUUUCUCAGAGAAAACUUAGAAUGGCUUGCGAGGGCCACCAAUUGGGCAAAGUUCACAGCCACAGCGAGUCUUGGUGUUAUCCACAAGGGCCAUGAGAAAGAGGCGCUCCAGUUAAUGGCUACUUACCUGCCCAAAGACACGUCCCCUGGCUCCGCCUACCAGGAAGGAGGAGGCUUGUAUGCUCUGGGCCUCAUUCAUGCCAACCAUGGUGGGGACAUCAUUGACUACCUGCUCAGUCAACUCAAGAAUGCCAGUAAUGAUAUUGUGCGUCACGGUGGUGGCCUUGGUCUGGGUUUGGCUGCACUGGGCACCGCCAGACAGGAUGUUUAUGACUUACUUAAGUCCAAUCUUUACCAGGAUGAUGCUGUCACUGGUGAAGCUGCAGGCUUGGCUCUGGGUCUGGUUAUGUUGGGCUCCAAGUCGGCUCAGGCAAUCGAGGAUAUGGUGGGCUAUGCUCAAGAGACGCAACACGAAAAGAUCCUGCGUGGUCUAGCGGUGGGAAUUGCCUUAGUAAUGUAUGGGCGCAUGGAAGAGGCCGAUACCCUGAUUGAAAGCCUCUGCAGAGACAAGGACCCCAUCCUGCGGCGAUCUGGGAUGUACACCGUAGGGAUGGCCUACUGUGGCUCCGGGAACAACAAAGCAAUCCGACGUCUCCUACACGUUGCUGUGAGUGACGUGAAUGAUGAUGUCAGGAGGGCUGCUGUUGAGUCCAUUGGCUUCAUCUUGUUCAGGACCCCGGAGCAGUGCCCCAGUGUGGUGUCUCUUCUGUCGGAGAGCUACAACCCUCAUGUCCGCUGUGGGGCCGCCAUGGCUCUGGGUAUCUGCUGCGCUGGUACAGGCAACAAGGAGGCAAUCAACUUGCUGGAGCCCAUGACCAACGACCCCGUGAAUUAUGUGAGACAAGGUGCCCUCAUUGCCUCUGCCCUGAUCAUGAUCCAGCAGAGUGAAGUUACCUGUCCCAAGGUGAAUCAGUUCAGGCAGCUGUAUUCAAAAGUGAUCAACGACAAGCACGAUGACGUCAUGGCCAAGUUCGGUGCCAUUCUGGCCCAGGGAAUCCUUGAUGCAGGUGGACGUAACGUGACCAUCUCUCUGCAGUCCAGGACGGGUCACACUCACAUGCCGUCAGUGGUCGGCCUGCUGGUCUUCACCCAGUUCUGGUUCUGGUUCCCGCUCUCCCACUUCCUGUCCCUGUCCUUCACUCCAACCGCCAUAAUCGGCCUCAACAAGGACCUCAAGAUGCCCAAGGUGCAGUACCGCUCCAACUGUAAGCCCUCCACCUUCGCCUACCCGCCAGCGCUGGAGGUCCCCAAGGAGAAGGAGAAGGAGAAGGUAUCCACCGCCGUUCUCUCCAUCACCGCCAAAGCCAAGAAGAAGGAGAAGGAAAAGAAAGAGAAGGAGGAGGAGAAGAUGGAAGUAGAGGUCCAGGAGACUGAGAAAGAGAAGAAGGAUGAAGACAAGGAGAAAGAGAAGAAGAAAGAGGCAGAACCAAACUUCCAGCUGCUGGAGAACCCGGCCAGAGUGAUGCCGGCUCAGCUCAAAGUCCUCAACAUGCCGGAGAGCUGCCGCUACCAGCCCUUCAAACCGCUGCACACCGGUGGGAUCAUCAUCCUGAAGGACACCAGUGAGGAGGAGGAGGAGCUGGUGGAGCCCGUCUCCGCUCAUGGACCCAAGAUCGAGGAGGAGGAGCAGGAGCCGGAGCCCCCCGAGCCGUUUGAGUACAUCGACGAGUAGAGGCCUCCAACAGCAGAGGUAUCCGAAGAUACGAGCCCCCGUCAUUCUGCUCCCGUUUGUGCAUCUGUGUAUCCAUCAUCUCUGCUUCACCUGUUUUUUUGCAAGUUUCUUUCUUGUUCUAGCUGCUCAUUUGCCUCACAAGGCAGUGUUUUACAAUUUCAUCUUGUGUAACUCUGUUUGACCAAUAAAAAAGAAAAAAAUUAUAUACAUAAAAAUUGUAAACUGUAGUGUUUUUAGCAGGAGGUGUUUCACCAGGUUUCUCUCUAAUCCUGCACCGUUUGACUGGUUUACAUUUGCAGCAGCUGCUGUCCUCCCAGCGGCUCGUCUACUGUUCAAAUGCUAAACAGCUCUGGGUGGCGGGAGCUUCCAGACCGACGGUCAAAUCCAGGUCGGCUUCAGUCUGAUGCGUUUGACCAGAGAACGGAAAACUUGUCAGAUUAUGUUUGAUCCAGUGAUGUUAUUAGACCUGCUGACAUCGUCAUUAGUUACUCUGACUGUAGGAACAGGGAGUUUAAUGUGAGCGGUUCUUUCCAUUGACCGUGAACUCGUUUUGGCUCCAGUUUGAAAACUUGCCAUCUGCAAAAGCGUGAUUACUGUUAAACAUUUAUGGUCUCUUGACACGCAAACUUUUGAAAACCUGAACCGUCCGUCGGC